AGAUGUACCACCUAAGACAGUUAGAUAGUUGUGAAUUUUAUAUACUCAAUAUCAGAAAACAGUGAAAAUGUACAAAGUUAAAUUAUUGUUAGUGUUUAUAUUCAGUACACUUAAUGCGCAGAUUUCCCAAAUAAAAUAUUCUUUGGAAACAAAAUAUAUAGAAGUCCCUCUGGAUCACUUUGCGUAUAUUGAAGAACCGAAUGUUUUCCAAUUGAGAUAUUUAAUAAACGCCGAACAUUAUGAUGAAAUGGGACCAAUAUUUAUCUACACAGGCGGCAAAGGAGAUAUUUCCGUUCAAGCUCAAAAUGCAGGUUUCAUGUUCGACAUUGCAUCCACCUUCAAAGCUCUCCUAGUUUUCAUAGAACAUAGAUACUACGGUGAAUCGCUGCCAUUUGGUGACACUUCAUUUUCUUCUUUAAAACAUUUGAAGUAUUUAUCUACUUCUCAAGCGUUGGCUGAUGUUGCCUAUGUUACCAAGUAUUUAAAAACAACUUUUUCUGAAAUCGAAGAACUUCAGCCAACAGUUGUAGUUUUUGGCGAAUCAUACGGUGGAAUGUUAGCAGCCUGGCUAAGAAUGAAAUAUCCUUAUUUGGUAACUGGUACUAUUGCAUCUUCGGCACCUAUCUUUGAUUUUCCUGGAUUGACAGAGUGCAAUACGUUUUACGAGAAGAUUACGGAUGUGUAUAAUAAAUAUGGCGGUCAGAAAUGUGUGGAAAUGAUUCAACGUGGUUGGGAUAUUAUCGCAGCAGCUUUGUCUAAAAAGAAAAUAGGUAAAGACGUCUUAUCAGAAUUAAAAAUAUGUUCAAAAAUUGAGAGCACCAAGGACGUUGAAAAAGUAUUAAAUUGGUUACAGAAUAUCCUCGUAACUUUGGCAAUGGCAAAUUAUAAUUACCCAACCAAUUUGUAUACUCCUUUACCAGCCUAUCCUGUGAAAGUCUUCUGCGAAAAACUCACUCCUUAUAACGAAAUCAACAACAACAGUUUUAUCCACCAUUAUAGUCGUGCUUUAGACUUCUAUACCAACUAUACUGGAAAUAAUUUGUGCAACAAUAUUAACUAUAUAAACGAAGAUUUGACUGAAUUUGCUUGGAAUUAUCAAAAAUGCACAGAGCUCAUAAGUCCUAGAUGCUCAACUGAAAACGAUAUGUUUGUCACAAAACCUUGGAAUUAUGAAAAAUAUGCCCACGACUGCAAUGCAAGAUUUGGGGUUAAAAAUGUUCGACCGGAUUGGGCUACACUGGCUUAUGGAGGAGAAGAUUUAAAAUAUUAUUCCAAUAUAGUUUUUAGUAAUGGAGAUAUGGAACCAUGGCUAACUUCUUCCGUUGUUGACAAUAUAACUAAUUCUAUAUUUUCAAUUAAUAUUCCUGAUACUACAAACCAAGUGGAUUUGAGACAAUAUAAUCCGGCUGACAAUAACUAUGUUACGGAGACAAGAAAUUUUCAUAUUCGUACCAUCAUGCAAUGGUUAGACGGUGAAAACUAAAACUGUUAUUUUAGUUUUUGAUAUUUUUGGGUUGUAGAUGUUUUAUUGAUUUGUAAAUAUUUUCGUGCUUGUUUGUGCCGUCUUCUCAGUGGAUACUAGUUUUAUUAUUUUUUGU